CAUACGACACUUGUUGGUUGAGAAAACUUGCACCUGGAGAUCAUAAGCCAUGUACAGUUAACACUGCAAGGUACUUUCAUUCCACAAAGAGUACUGAACAUGAAGCUUCUGCUAGUUUUCCUGGCCUGUCUGGCAACUGCUUUUAGUGCAGCAGUGAAGCGUCAAGAAUGCACUACAAGUGCUGACUGCCAGAGCAAUGAAUGCUGUGCCUUGGAGCCUAACCCCUUCAUGGUCAGCAAGAGGGAGCUGAAGCCUGUGCCACAGCCUAUUGAGCUCUGGAAACCUAAAAAGUACUGCUACUCCUACAUACAAGAGAAUGAGUGGUGUGGUGGCUUUCAAACAACCUGUGGCUGUGCCUCUGGACUCAGCUGCCAGGAUGUGUUUAAACCAAUAAACCUUGUCCCCAUUCAAGAAGUCUCCAAGAGAGAUAUCCGCCCUGGGGACUGGCGCUGCACUAAAGUACAACAGUAAA